UAUUCAUUAAAUUGCUUACAAUAACCAUCAACAUAACCAAAAUAGUUUGUUUUCCUUGUGUUUUUCUACAACCCACAAAAUGUCAUUAAUCUUACGAUACGGACAUCGAAUUCGUAAAAAUCUUAGCUAUUUACCUAUAUCAGCGGAUAGGAAUGAAACUGAUUUUGUCGUAAAUAGUCUUCAGGAUGCCAAAUCCGAGAGCAAAUCGAUCAAAAAGGCAAACAAACCGAAUCUUGCAUAAACAGGUAAAUGCAGCAAUGCUUGAAAUCAAACAAUCCGCAGCUAGUCGUAACAAUAUUUGUGUUGCUACUGAGCCCCAUAAGAAUAAACCAUUGAAGAUUUCAACCCCACAUCAUGACGAUGAUAUCGUUUGUAUCGAAGUUCCUACCGAAGAUGCAGGCCGUAAUGAAUUAGUCAGUAAUAUCGAUAGUUUCGAUGAAUCUUCUCUCGAUGAUAAUGCAUUUGAGGAUAUUAUGGAAGUAAAUGAGACUGAGUUUUCGGUGAAUGAUUCAAUAAAUGAAAUGCAAACUUUAGAUGAAAAAUUGAGGGUGUGGAGCACAGAAGAAAAUGUACCUCAUUCUACAUUUAGAAAACUCCUAGAAAUUCUUAAAUCAGAAAAUGAUAUAAAUGCAUUUAAAAAUCUACCAAGAGAUCCCCGCACCCUAUUGAACACACCAAGAAAAGUAUUGGUGAAGACAUUAGAUAAUGGAAGUUUCUAUUAUUUUGGCAUCUCGGACACUUUAAAUAAUUUGUUAUUGCAAUUAAAAUAUACUAUACCAGUUAACACACCGCUAAUUGAAAUAAUAGUUAACAUUGAUGGAUUACCAUUAACAUCUAGUUCAAACAGUUCAUUAUGGCCAAUAUUAAUUAAAAUAGAUUCCUUAUUACAUAUUAAAAAUUAUGUUGUAAUGGUGGCUGUUUUUCAUGGAUAUUCAAAACCUUCUUCAGCCAACGAGUUCUUGAAAGACUUUAUUGAUGAAGCAGUGAAUUUAUCAAAUAAAGGUAUUUUUCUUUCUGGGAACAAUUAUCCUUUUCGAAUCAAAAUGCUGGUUUGUGAUGCCCCUGCUAAAUCAUAUGUUUUGAAUGUCAAAGGACAUACUGCAGAAACUGGCUGCACCAAAUGCUAUCAAACUGCUGAAAGAAUUAACAAUGUAAUGUGUUUUCCAUGGACAGCUAAGCGGAAUUUACGGAGUGAUUAUGAAUUUAGGAAUUGCUCUCAAGAUAAUCAUCAUCAGGGUACGACUUUGUUCACAAGUUUACCAAAAUUUGACUUAAUCAAAGAUGUGCCUCUUGACUACAUGCACUUAGUAUGUUUAGGUGUAAUGAAGAGGUUACUAUGUCAUAAAAAUUUUGGUUGGAUUCAAGGAACUUUUUUACACAAACUUUCUGCAACUCAGCAAGGUGAAAUAUCGAAAAAUCUUAAAGAUUGUAAUAAUUUUAUUGUAUGUGAAUUUUCUAAUAGAAAAGCUAGAUCUUUACAACAUUGUGCACGUUUUAAAGCUGUAGAGUUUAGAUUGUUAUUAUUAUAUACAGGACCUGUUGUAUUUAAGAAAUUUCUCAAACCUGAUUAUUAUUAUAAUCUUUAA